AUGAACGAUGAGGCCGAGUCGUCGCGCGCCCGGCGGCGGCAUGACGACGGCGCACCCGCACCCACCCCCGACGACGACGACGACGACGUGGGCGCGCUGGAAGAGGCCAUGGCCCGGCUCGAGGCGGCGGCAGAGCGCGGAAGAGAAAAGCAGCGGCAGCAGCGGCGCGUGGAUGCGAAGAGGAAGCGCAUCCAGAUGCUGGGCGAGCUGCUGCGCGAGCUGGACAUGGUCGUCUACCUGGAGCUCAUCACGCUCUACCACCUCGACUGCUCCUUCUUCUGGCUCGCCUUCAAGGCCUUUAUCCACGGCACGCUGCUCACGCCCAUGCCCGACACGGCCACGGCCAUGCGCCCGCCCGACGAGCCCAAGCCGUUUCUGCCGCUGCUGCUCUUCUCGUUUGGCGUCAGCCUGGCGCUGCAUCUCUCGUACCCGGCGCCGGCGGCCGGCGAGGACACGCGCGGCUAUCUCCACGGCGGCCUGAUGAUCGACUUCAUCGGCCAGCAGGGCCCCACGAGCAAGUGGAAGCUGGGCGCGCUCGACGUGUGCAUCCUGCUGCUGCAGCUCGUCAUGGUGUCGGUGCACGUCAAGCGGCGCGAGCUGAAGAAGAAGCUGGCCCGGCUGGCGGCGGCGGGCGGGGCGGCGGCGGCAACGGCUGCGGCGGCGGCAACGGCAACGGCAACGGCAACGGCAGGCGGCGAGGCGGACGGCGAGCAGGAUGCCGACGACGAGGAGCGAGGCGUGCUUCACCGAACCGACACGCUGUCAGAUCUGGGCACUGAGCCCGCCGACGACGAGGAUACCCUGCUCGCGCCGUCCGAGGCCGGGCAUGCUGACGCCAUGGAGGUGCUAAGCUCUGGGCAGUGUGUGAUUGGCGACUUCACCCUCAUCGACACGCUGCUGCACGAGAACAGGAACUACUCUGCUUACCGGUUGACGCGCACCGAAGCCGGCAUGAACGACAUGCCCGAGACACUGCGGAGGCUCAACACCCUGCGCACCCGCUUCGGUGUGGGUCGCGCCUAG